GUCGUCGGCCUACCUGCCGCGCCGGAUAAAGACGUGAUCGACGCAGCCGAGAUCCGAAGCCGAAAUGCGGGGAAGCUAUACGGAGCAAGGGGGAGCAUAUCACGACAACAUGAAACGACGACUGUCGCAAUGCAUCCUUCCCCACAAGACCUGUGAUCGAGGACAGCAGACCCACGAUGAACUUCGACCUGCCACCAGAUGUCACCCGGUUUCUCGAGUCCUUAGACUCGUUCAUCAAUGCGGAGAUCCUGCCUCUUCAGCAUGCAGAUGACAACGAUCGCUUCUUUGACCAUCGUCGUGAAUUCGCGCGGACGGACUGGGGAAAUGGCGGGCUUCCGAAGCCGGAGUGGGAGGACCUUUUGACGAAAGCCCGCACCCUCGCAGACAAAGCAGGCUUCUAUCGUUUCGCCCUGCCGAGCAUCUACGGCGGCCAGUCCCAUCCCCAAACUAAUCUCUGCAUGGCAGCCAUCCGCUACUAUCUUGCAUCUCACCCGACCUACGGCGGCGGACUGGGACUAGCAAACGACCUACAGAACGAACACAGCGUGGUGGGCAACUUUCCGGACAUCCUGAUGAUCCACCAUUUCGGAUCGGAGGAACAGCGACGCCUGAUCCCGCUGCGUCUGGAAGGAAAGUUCCGAGCGACCUUUGGACUGACCGAGCCUGGCCAUGGAAGCGACGCGACAUUCAUGGAAACGGUCGCACGACGCGUCCCGGGCGGGUUUGAGAUCUCGGGAUCGAAGAAGUGGCAGACAGGUGCGCAUGCUUGUACGCAUUUCAUUAUUUUCGCGCGCACCUCGGGGAAAGAGGGCUCUGGUCGCGGCAUCACGGCGUUCUUGGUCCCGAGGGAGACGCAGGGCGUGAGGGUCGUGAGUUACGAGUGGACGAUGAAUAUGCCGACCGAUCAUGCGACGGUCGUUCUGGAUGGGGCUUUCGUGGCAGAAGAGGCUGUGCUGGGAGCUGUGGAUGAGGGGCUGGCGAUCGCGCAGACGUUCGUGCAUGAGAAUAGACUGCGACAGGCGGCUAGCUCGUGUGGUGCGGCCAGGUUCUGUCUUGAUCGCAGCGUCGAGCGAGCGAAAAGCAGGCGGAUCUGGGGCGGAAAGAGUCUCUCGGAAAAUCAGGCGAUUCAGUUCCCGGUCGUGGAGUUGGCGACGCAGGUUGAGAUGCUCAGGCUGCUGAUUCUCAAGACGGGAGUGGAUAUGGAUCGGGUCGCAGGGGAGGCGGAGAGAGAGGGGAAGAGGCCCUGGGUGGAGAUCGAGAGGCAGCUGAGCCAUCAGGUCGCGAUGUGUAAUUUUUGGGCUAAUAGAUUGGUUUGCCAGGCGGCGGAUCGGGCGAUUCAGAUCCACGGGGGAGAUGGCUACUCGCGCCAUUACCCAUUCGAACACAUUUAUCGCCAUUUCAGACGGUAUCGCAUUACGGAGGGGUCGGAGGAAAUUCAGGUGAGGAAGAUUGCGGGGUUUUUGUUCGGAUUUAGAGAGAGCGACAGGCAGCAGAAGCUGUGAAUUCCCUCAAGUGGAUAGGAGUCCCGGGGCGUCUUGGCUGGCAGGAGGGGCUGGUCGCUCUCUG